AGCUACUUUAUGCCAAGAAAUUUCGGCCUGCAUCAAUUGCGAUUAGAUGUGUUGUGCUUAGCGGUGCGCUCGUGAAAACGAUCCAAAUUCCUGGUGGUUUGCAAACGAAUCUCGUGCAGAAAACAGCACCCGACCAACGACUACAUCCUCCACCAACCGUGCGUGCAGUUAGUACGCUGAAAAUCGAACCGCGAAAACGGUGAAAAGUGUGUUGUGAUAAGAGCGUGAAGGAAGCAGCGCGAUGGUUUGGGGGUUUGUUACUUGCGGCCCGAACGAGGCCUUGGUAGUAUCAGGAUGUUGCCACAUGAAGCCACUGUUGGUUCCUGGCGGUCGGGCAUUCGUUUGGCCUUCGAUUCAACAAGUGCAAAGAAUCUCGCUCAACACCAUGACGCUGCAGGUGGAAAGCCCGACCGUGUACACCAGCCAGGGCGUGCCGAUCUCCGUCACCGGCAUCGCGCAGGUGAAGAUCCAGGGCCAGAACGAGGACAUGCUGCUGACGGCGUGCGAGCAGUUCCUCGGCAAAUCGGAAGCCGAAAUCCAGCACAUAGCCCUGGUUACGCUCGAAGGCCACCAGCGUGCCAUCAUGGGCUCGAUGACGGUCGAGGAGAUCUACAAGGAUCGCAAGAAGUUCUCGAAACAGGUGUUCGAGGUCGCUUCGUCCGACCUGGUCAACAUGGGCAUUACCGUCGUGUCCUACACGCUGAAGGAUAUCCGCGAUGAGGAGUUCAACGGGACAAAUGGGUUCAACGGGUCAAAUAGGGGAUACCUGAAAAGCCUCGGUAUGGCCCGUACGGCGGAAGUGAAGCGUGACGCACGGAUCGGCGAGGCGGAGGCCCGGUGCGAUGCGACGAUCAAGGAAGCGAUUGCCGAGGAGCAACGGAUGGCGGCCCGCUUCCUGAACGACACCGAGAUCGCGAAGGCCCAGCGUGACUUCGAGCUGAAGAAGGCCGUGUACGAUGUGGAGGUGCAGACGAAGAAGGCCGAGGCGGAGAUGGCGUACGAGCUGCAGGCGGCCAAGACGAAGCAGCGCAUCAAGGAGGAGCAGAUGCAGAUUAAGGUGGUCGAGCGUACGCAGGAAAUUGCGGUCCAGGAGCAGGAAAUGCAGCGCCGCGAGCGCGAGCUGGAGGCCACCAUCCGCCGGCCGGCCGAGGCCGAGAAGUACAAGCUGGAAAAGCUGGCCGAAGCGAACAAGCUGCGCGUCAUCCUGGAGGCGGAAGCAGAAGCGGAAGCGAUAAAGGUACGCGGAGAGGCGGAAGCGUUUGCCAUCGCUGCCAAAUCGAAGGCCGAAGCGGAACAGAUGGCCAAGAAGGCGGAAGCUUGGAGAGAGUACCGUGAGGCAGCCAUGGUCGAUAUGUUGCUGGAUACACUGCCAAAGGUUGCGGCAGAAGUGGCGGCACCACUGUCGCAGGCGAAGAAAAUCACGAUGGUAUCGAGCGGCAACGGUGAGGUCGGUGCCGUGAAGCUGACCGGCGAGGUGCUACAGAUCGUGAACAAAAUCCCGGAGCUGGUCAAAUCCAUCACCGGGGUUGAUAUCUCGCGGUCCGUACACGCUGGUUAAAUGAGCCCGAAAGGUUACGAUAAAACAGAAAACCUAUGCAGGACUUGCGUCUUAGCAUCCUCCUGUGCAACAUUUAACAUUUUUUGCAAAACGAAGAAAGUCGCGGACAAAGGACAAAGUUACACACUCACACACCCGGGGGCGCAAGCGGAUGGUCCAGGGAAGAGUGGACGCACAGCGUCUCCGAUCGAUCGUCAGCGAACGAACCACAGAACCACUUGAACCAGCCAUAAUAGGAGAUGAUAUAUGUAGUCCCGCGGCGGGGUAUCGUUGUUAAUGUUUGUAUUCUCUAUAUUGGAAUAAUUUUUCCUCCGACAUUUUCCACUGCAAAUUUAUGCCUGGGGGUCGUACCGGAAAGAGGGCGGGCGGGUGUUUCACAAGUUCGGAUGCGUGUGUGUGUGUGGCAUACAAGCUUUAUCUUUUAUUAUUCGAACUAUUUUCUGUUGUUUUUUCUACCUCUUCCAGUUACGUUAUUUCCUGUGUUAUGUUUAAGCUUUAUCUUAUAUUUCAUUUAGCAAGGCUUAAGUUGUUGAGGUAUGAAGGUAUAAUUUUCUAGGGUUUAGGGGUAGUUUAAGCAUUGUUACAUUCGAUGAUAUUCACGCUGAUACACACAAAAACACACACAAUCCUCCAACAGAUGCCAACCAGUCUCGGUGUAGAUGCUAUUUUGGUAGCCUUCGCGCAAGGAACCAUGUACCAGGCGGUGUCAGAGGGUACACAGCAGGAUGUGUGGAGUAAACUUUGUAUCUACUUCUCAGUAUCACUUUUAGUCUAGUCACUGCCGCGAAACUACUUUGCACAACUAGCCAGCCAGCCACCACUUUCGAACCGAUCAAAACGUGUGUGAUUUACAUUCAGCGUAUGCCAUUAAUGAAUUCAUUGCAAAGCCACACUCUACCGUUAGUUAGCUUGAUGAAAGGAUACACCCGGUUUUGUUUUCAUUUCUGUCGUUAUAGAAAUCAUUAUAAAAAACGUCUAAAGAAGCAGGGAAACAUUACUCUUUUGUGCAUUUUUUUUCGAUAUAUAGAGAGAUAUACUCACUGUGCGGGUGGCAGUUGCGAGCGUGUGUAACACCUUAAAGCAAAACCAUUCUCCAUCCAUUGACUUGGCCUAUUUCCGGUAAAAUCCGUAAAUCCGUAAAAUCGAUACUUAGCAAAUGAGAUAGACAGGCUUGCACAAGCGUAUGAGAAAUGCAUUUUUGUAUGUACACAAGUUCGCGUAAAUCGUAACCAUACUCUACUCUAGCGAACCUAUAGAUUUCAUUUCAAAUAAUUAUAUAAUUAACGAGAUGUCGCUAAAUGGCGUAUACUUUCCUCUCCCAGUGUUCGAAAUGUACCUUUUUCUCCCUUUAAAAUAACGAAACCGAACGAGAUACACAACACAGUUCAUCAUACACACUUUGUAAGAAUAGUGCUGCUAUAACAGAUGAUUUAUAUGGGCGUCUCCUGCGGGUGGCGUGAAAAAUGUGCAUAAAGUAACAAUUAUAGCAACAAUUACGAAUGCUAACUUUAAACCAAUGGAACCCCACAUAGAACAACCGAGAAGCGUAUAUGCACAGCAAAGAUAAAGAUUAGAUGUAUUUGACCCAACCCCAACACUCCAAACAUGGAAUGGAAAACACUCCAAAGGUGCGAAAACACAUUAACAAAAAAAAAAAACUUGAUAUAUAUUUUGUAUUGUAGUUCGGCUUUUUGCGUGUCACGAUCGUUCGAGUGUAAAGCAACAACAACAACAACAUGAAGAAUAUAUGUAGGACGAUUGGGCGUAUAACAUCGUAAUACUGUGGAAAUAAAAACAUACGAAAACAAAGCUAAAAA